AUGGAUAAGCUGACGAGGUUCGUGAAAGAGCAGUCCCUGCAAAGGAGCGAGAACACGCACAAACCCGAAGAGCUUGUGCAGUGGCUGCUGGAUUUGGGCAGCAGAGGAGAGAAGGCAGCUGCAGACAUGGGUUAUGCCACCACAGUCGGAACUAUGGUCCAUGAUCGGAAUGAUGAGGUGGCUGCAGCAGCGAUAACAGCCUUGGGUGACAUGGGACAGGAAGGCAUGAAGUACAUGACGCAAAUAGCAUCAGGCUUGAACAGAAGCCCAGAGGUUUGUCAAGCUGCUGCAACAGCUUUGGCUCAAUUCGGAAAGCAAGCUGCUGCAUACGAGGGCCACUUGACAACCUGCUUGAUGCGAUCCUUGGACGAGCCAACGCAAGCUGCCGUCAUCGCAGCUUUGGGCGCUGUCGGUGCCGAGAGUGAGGCGACGACACUGUCCAAGUACCUGGACGACAGCUCUGCUGCUGUCGUUGCAGCAGCAUGCCAAGCUUUGGGCUACCUUCCCCAAGGCGUGCAAGAAGCCCCACGCAUAGCCAAAAAGCUUCAGGACCCAAAGACUCGUUUCGCUGCAGUCAGUGCCCUUGGAAAGCUGGGCAGUGGAGUCGUGCAAAAGUACAUUCAAGAGAUCACCUCCUGCCUCAAGGACAAGGACAGCUUGACAAGACAAGCUGCCGCGAACACUUUGGCAGCUGCCAGUGAGCCCGUCCUUAACUCCCAAGCAGGAGCUCCUUACAUUGCCACGUUGCUGAAGGAUGCAGAUCCGGGAAUUCGCUGUUCUGCCGCCCUCAGCCUUGGAAAGUUAGGUCCCUCAGCAUCUCCCCAUGCAUCGGAAGUAGCAAAGCUUCUCUCGGAUGAUGCUGAAGACAUCUCGGAGAGCUACCUGGCAGUUGGCGGAGGAAGUCUCAGGUCACCGGCUACGCUUCGCCGUCCCAAAUGCGCUGCACUAGCGGCUCUUGCCCUCAUGAACGCAAGCAGCCAUGUGUCAGACAUGGCCAUGUGCCUAAGAGACAAGGCCUACGAGGUGAGGCUAUGUGCUCUGGAGGCACUCAUGGAGAUGGGUGAUGCUGCAAGCAAGCAAUCGACAAGCAUCAUGGCAACCAUGGAAGAUGAUGUGUACAUCGUUCGAUUGAAGGCCUGCCAGGCCAUCGCAGCCCUCCAAGCUCAAGACGUGAUGGAUAAUCUUCCUGAUUUGUUCAAAGAUGAAGCGCCCUCAGUGCGAGAAGCUGCCUUGGAAGCUUUGGCAAGCUGUCCCGACAUUGGCAAGAAGUACUGCUCGCAGGUGUUCAAGUGCCUAGAGGACGAGUACGGUGUUGUUCGAGCAGCAGCGCUGCGAGCUUUGGCAACCAUGGACACCGUGGGACAGGGCUACGCAAGUGCCAUUGCUGGAGAGCUCGGAAACCAGGACCCUCACGCUCGGGCAGCUGCCUGCGAGGCACUCGGAAAGUUUGGCGACUACGGAGCAGCCUUUGCUGACGAGAUCGAGUCUUGCCAGACAGAUGAAGUGCCCAUGGUUCGCGCAGCGGCAGCACAUGCCAUGGCGCAGCUGGGCCUGUCGAGAGUAAGAGGCCUUGAGAAUGGCGCCGAGUGA